AGGGUGAGCGCGAAAGCGGUCGAAGGUGCGCCGCUCGUGGCUACAGGGCUUCGCCUCCACUUGUUGACGGGUAGCCAGCGCUGGGAGAUGUGGUCCUUCCGGGACCUCGCCGCUUCGAUCUCGCGAGCGUUAACGCCGCCGCCGACGGCCGUCAUCGGUAGUGGAGCAACCACGCGGUGUCCCGGAAAGCAGCAGCAGACGACACCAACGAUGCCAUCCGAAAUCGCCUUCGCUCUCCGUUGAAGAAGUUAGAAAAAACGCAUAGAAUGCAGCGCUGCUUCUCUUGCAUUUAGACUUCGUGUGCAUAUGUUUACGCGCGCCGCGGUCGCGCUUUGAGAAAGGAGUUACGGGUUGUUGCCCGGUGAUAAAAGACACUCUCGACUGCUCCUCGUCUGCCUGCUCACUCUUGUGCGGACAGCAGGUUUCGUGUAUAUUGAUUUAUUAUCGUUUCACAGCCCGGUGCACUGGAUACAUAGCUGCGAUGUUUGACGCACGCGCCUGGAUUCUGCGCUGGGCGCUCGCCAGUCUUGUUCUUCACGGACCUCGGCCGGGAUUAGCGCAUGAAGGCGCCGCUGCAGGCCCCACAGUGGUGACGAGCCGCGUGGGUGGUGACGCUGCACUGCCGUGCCAACUCCGACAUGCCACGCUGGACUCUUGGGCCGUGUCCGUGUCGUGGUUCAAGCGCGGCCUCUCCGUACCCGUCUACACGGUCGACAUGGGCUCGGGAAACUUCCUGCAGGCCAGGCACCGACCAGCGCAUCUAUGGUCAGGACGCGCCUAUUUCUCGUCGGCAGACGAACCGGCACUUCUCAUGGUCGGAGACGUGACUGCUGCGGACGCCGGACUGUACGUGUGCUCGGCAUUUUUCGCCGAUGGCGCCGAGCGCAAUUCCACCGUCCGCUUUGUCGUAGUAGUUCCACCGGAGACGCCCAUCAUUAGGGACAGGUUUGGCAACAAGGUGGGCAAAGUGACAGGCCCUCAUCGAGAAGGCGAAUCCCUAACGCUCACAUGUGAAGUCAGUGGUGGCAUUCCAGAGCCGACGGUGACGUGGUGGCGAAACGGAACGAAGCAGCUGCACCACACAGUCGACAGCUCGUCGCUCGGCGUCACCAGGUCGACACUGGAGCUGCCGCAACUGCAUCGGCACGACCUCAACGUUUCGCUUGUGUGCAAGGCGUCCAACCACAACGAGACGUACGUGGUCACAACAAGCGUUGUAAUCGACCUAUACCUGAAGCCAUCGAUGGUGCGCAUUCGCUCAAAGCAGCGUCCGCUGGCCGCUGGUCUGCCUGCAGAAAUUGAGUGUGAAGCAGCCGGCUCUCGUCCAGCACCCGUGAUAACUUGGUGGUGUGGAAAGGCCAAGAUAUCAGCCGACAACGUAAAGGUGAUGCUCAUCGGAAACCGUGUUUUCUCGGUGGUCACGUACACACCCAGAAAAGAGGACAACGAAAAACGACUCCGAUGCGUGGCCGAAAACCCUAGCAUUGCAGGAAGUUUCCUCGAAGCCACGUACAGCCUUGACGUACAUUACAAGCCCAUUGUUACGCUUCAGCUCGGCAAGCGACUGCGGCUGGAGGAGAUCUACGAGGGGCAGGACGUGUACCUGGAAUGCAGCAUCGACGCAAACCCUCGGGUCAGCGAGGUCACGUGGCGCUUCGAAGACAGCCAGGAAGUCCACUCGGACCCGGCGGCCAAGGUGAUCACGAGCAACCAGUCGCUCGUGUUCCAGGCCAUCCAGCGUCUGAACGCUGGGCGCUACACAUGCGUCGCCACUAACAGCGAAGGCGAGUCGGUCAGCAACGAGCUCCAUUUAAGGGUAAAAUACUCGCCAGUGUGCGGCUUUCACCAGCGCACCGUGUACCCGGCUGCUGCGCACGAAAUGCUCCAGGUGUCGUGUGACGUAGACGCGCACCCGUCGGCCGUCAGCUUCCAGUGGGCCUUCAACGGCAGCCUGCGCCGCCACGAGAUUCAGACCUUCGUGUCCGAGGGCAGCCACAGUGUGGCGUCGUACGUGCCGCGUGACAGAUACGACUACGGCACGCUCCUGUGCUGGGCCACGAACGAUAUCGGGCGACAGAGGGAACCCUGCCGCUUCCAGAUCGUGCCCAUAGGACCGCCCAAGGCUCCGUACAACUGCACGCUAAGCAACCAGACGGAGGACGCGUUUCUGGCUGAGUGCCUAGAAGACCCGAGUGAUGGUGGCGCACUGCGCCAACUGUACAACCUAGAAGUUCACGACAUCUCGUGCCACAGGCUUCUCGCAAACCUGAGCUCGGAGAGACCCGCCUUCUGGGUGCAGGAUGUGCCCGUGGGCCUGAACUACGUGCUCGUGCUGUACGCUGUCAACGAGAUGGGACGCUCGGAACCGGUGCUUCUGCGCGCCGACACCCCUGACCGCUACUGGGAUGGCACAUUACAUCACGAUGGUGACUGGGGCAGCUGCGAAGAGAGCAACUCCCUCAUUAUCAUCCUGAUCACUGUCACCUUCUCCGCCAUUUUCUUGCUGUUGCUGUUCGUUAUUCUUGCCCGCUACCGGAUGAAGAAGCAGCGUUUAAAAGCCAACGUUGGCAAUAAAGUGGUGCAGAACGGAAAAGCGCUUUCUCGCUCCUGCGAUGGAUCGGUUAGCAUGACCACCUUCAACUCCACCGAAAAUCACGAGCUCCACUCGACUGCGCUGGACACGUCACCGGUCAAGCCACCUCUACACGUCGACUACAUAACAAACGACACCAACCACACGCCGUAUUUCUGCCGCCAGAAGAUCGUGGACUUCUGAUAUCCAGACGUGCUCCCCACGAACAGCGGAAAGGAGG